UUCUUCAUUCAAACAUACAACACAUUUUGUAUAGUUUUACAAUUUUUCCACACAUCUUUAAACUAUAACGAAAGAAGAUGCCUUCAGCAACCAAAGAGGAGGAGAGUAGGAAGUUCAUGGUGGGCAGCAGUGACUCGGAGGCAGAAAACGAGGAUCUAGCCUUCUUAAACUUGGUUCUCAGAAAGUUGAACAUCAAAGAUCAAGCUCUGUUGCAUCGUCUCGUCGACAAAGUGCCCGAUGCUUUCAAUUCCCUGUGGCGGGAUCAACACCAAUGUUUGGAUUUGGGGCGACUGCGGUGGAAGCUGCAUGGAUCUAACCUUGAUUUGUUUUUACAGAACAUGUGUACGGAAUUUCGGAGUGUCCACUUUCGCAGUGAACAAAUGCAGGAGGAAUUGAACAUCUUGGAGCAGGCAGAUAUUGAACGUCUAAUUAACGUCAAGAGCUGUGAAAUUUCUUGGGGUCAAACGAAUAACAAAAAGAAUAGAAACAUUCCUCAAUGGCCAUUUCAUGCCCUGCCAAAACUUUUGUGUAAUCUUACCAACCUCAUUAUUCAUGCUCCCGUUCAAGCCUGCUUUAUCGAGCGAUUCAAGAAACUGGAGUCUCUAAAGAUCUAUGAAGAAAUAUCUAGUACAGCUUUGGAUGCAAUUGUAUCUACUGAUGCGCCAUUAAGGCAAUUGCACUUAUACGGAAAUCACAGUCGACAACUUCUGGGAAUCUCAAAGUGCAAGAAUCUUAGUAAUCUAUUGAUUGAUCUUCACACGUUUUUAUCAAGUAUGAAUGAGAUCCUUCAGUUGCCGGACCUAUUGGUUCUACGGCUAAAUCAGCUUAAAAAAUGCGGUCAACUGAAAACUUUACAGCUAAAUUGCAGUUUUAUGAAUCACAGCAAAUGGCUUACAAAGUUAGAACUCAAUCGCUGUCAUAGUUUGGAUGAACUUGAGUUGGUGGAUUGCAAAUUUGAGAACCAGAAUAUUAGCAAGAUGUGUCUGCCCGUUUCCCAAAGCUAUGCUAUGUUUUGUAAUUGCCCCGAUCUUAUCGAUGACCAACUUUUGGACUUUAUAAAGGCCAGUCCCAAUCUUAAAGAACUUGUACUUAUCAAGUGCCCAGAAGUGACGGAAGAACUUCUUAAUGGUGUUGUGAAAGUGAGGCGCACCAGUGGAGAGAAACAGGAUCCUUUGCUAUUCCGGGUUAAGGAUUGCCAGAAUAUUUCGGAUUCUUACCAUAAGAACUUGGCCAGUUGGGCCCGAAAACGAUCUCUACUCAAAAUGGAGUUCAUAAUGGAAGACUACAUACCUAUAGAUCAUGUCCAAUUUAUCUUUCACGAGCCACAGCGAGACUUAAACAUUUAUAAUAAUGAAUCAUGAGUAAACCAGGAGCUAUAGUAGAAGAAUUGCAGUUAAUAUUAUUCCUUUCAAAAAGUAGCUUAUAAUAAACAUUUGUAAAAAAAUAA